CAACCGCUGCUUGGGCUCCGCUCCUCGCGAACUCCUCCUCCUCCUCCACGUCUUCGUCUCCUCCGCGUCGUCUUCGCGCGCCUCGAAAGGUACCGCGCCUCCCUUCCCUCUCUGCCCCCGUUCCUUGCCUUGCUUUGCUUCCCCACCACCUGUUCGGCGAAACGCCGCAGCCACGGAAAAGGAGAAGAAGAAACUCGCUUGCUGUUUUCGGGUCUGCUCUGCCGCCUGCCGCGGUUGUGGUGUUAAUUCGACGCGGCGCUUCUCGUCCGGUGACGGAGGGAGCGGUGCUCUAGCUUGAUUGGAGUGUCGGGCUGCUGUUCGAGGAAUUAAGGCCGUUUCUUCUUGCUCUAGGCAUCGUCCUGGUCCUUGCCCCUGAACAAGGGCCUUUGCUGCAGAAAAAGAAUUAGCUGGGUUGAAGAUUAUGGCGUCUCUUACUCCAGGGAUACUAUUAAAGGUUCUCAAAAAUAUUAACUCCGAUGUGAAAGUAUGUGGAGAAUACCGGUCCAUUCUUCUCCAAGUUAUUAGCAUAGUCCCUGCAAUUACUGGUUCGGAACUUUGGCCAGAUCAUGGUUUCUUCAUCAAAGUUUCAGAUUCGUCGCACUCGACAUAUGUUUCUCUGUCUAAGGAGGACAACGAACUCAUCUUGUCAAACAAACUACAACUUGGACAGUUUAUAUAUGUUGAGAAGGUUCAGUCAAGUAUUCCUGUUCCAGUUCUUGUUGGGGUCCGACCAGUUCCUGGAAGGAACCCUUGCAUUGGAAACCCAAAGGAUCUGAUGCAAAUGUCGACUCCCUCUGGGGUUAUGGAAGCACUGGAUCAUCAAAGAAAGACUUCCAAGUCAGCUGAUCUGUCUGAAAGUGAAAAAGAAAAUUUGCAGAGGAAGGUAGUUAUCAAAGAGCAGAAGUCGGUUGUUGCUUCGCGUUACAUGCUUGGGGUAUCGAGCAACAAUGGCAAAAUUACCAAUCUGAACUCCAGCAUUGAUAGUGACAAAAGUAAUGGAGGAAGUAGCAUAUGUGAAUCAAAUCAAAAGUCUGUUGCCCCGAAAGUCAGACAAGAGGCAAAACCUCAGGAACGGCCAAAUACUACAUCUCCUAGUCAGGCUAAGUUGGUGCCCACAAAGCAAGAAAUUAACAAGGACACAUGCAAGCAUAGUGGCACUUCACCUAGUCCAAAUGGUGCUGCUGUAGUGAAGAAACAAAUGCCAAAAGAGAGCAAAAAGGAAUCUGCAACUGAAAGAAGAUCACCGCCAAAGCUUUAUAGGAGCUCACCAACGCCAGCUAGCACUUCACCACCAAAGCUCAGUUUGUCAGCAAAGCAGAAUGGAAAUUCUGGUCCUGUACCUUCUGUAUCUAAACGAAGAGUUACUGAAACUAUCUCCUGGGACUCCCUCCCAACAAGCCUAAUCAAGUCCGGAAAGGCUGUUGUCAGGAGGAAGAAUAUUGCUCUUAUAGUAGCAGCUGAGGCUCAAAGGGAGGCUGCAGCAGCGGCAUAUCUUGUAAAAGGCCUUGGAAUUUUCGCUGAGAUAAGGGAAUCUUCUGAAGUGGACCCACAUGCUGCGAUCACCAAGUUUUUUCAGCUCAACCGGCUUAUCGUUCAGCAAAGUGCUGUCUGGAAAGCUUACUCCCCAGAGCCUGGCAAAGAAUCUCGAGCAGAGAAGGAAAAGCCGUCAAGGAAAGUUUCUGCAUCUCAGAACAAAGCUGCUCCAUGCAACACAGCAAAGAAUUCCGACGAUGCUCAGGGAAAAGAAAAGGUGGAAUGGGCCCGAGAGGAUGGCUUCAAGGAGAUCUGCAGGUCAUGGGUUGCUCUGAAAAAGGAAUCGCAGUCUUGGUUCCUGAGCUUCUUGGAGGAUGCUCUUGAGUCAGGAUUCAAGUUCGAGGAUCAAACCAAGAACACCCGGGAACGCGUGCGUGGACAAUCCAAGGGUGCGGAUGGGAGGAUCGCGGUCAGGCUGUCGCAGCUCAAGGAAACAAGCAACUGGCUUGAUCAGUUGCAGGACGAGGCGGAUGGUUUGGUCGAAACCAUUGAGCAGCUGAAGCAGAAGGUGUACAAGUGCUUGCUUGGAACGGUUGAAACCGCGGCAUCAGCGCUGGAAGGAAGGUAGGGCACGAGAAAAAUGGUGGUGAAGAAUGGGGGUUAAGUUAUUGCAGCUGUACAACAUGACGUAGGUUGGCGAAGAACCGAAGAUGGGAGAGGUGUAAAUAGUCGGCCGGGUUGCUGAUUUUAAGUUAUGAAUUACUAAUUCUUUUGACAUUUCCCCGAUGUUGCGUGAGGAAUGGCCAUUGAUGUCCCGAUCUUCAUUCAAAUACAGUGUUCGUCACGAAUGGUUGAAUCUUUGCAUCAGGGCCGUACCAAAGUUUUGGUGGCCCUGGUGCAGAACACAAAUGGUGGCCUCAUAAUUAUAUUAUAAAAUGCAAAUAAUGAAAAUAUAUUCAUACUU